CGAGCCUUGGGACCGACUAUUCAAGGAAGGUAGAGACGUGGAUGGUUAUGUGAKGGAUGUAAGAAUUGGUCGUGAAAUGUCUGCGUUACUGCUUUAGAUGGGAAAAGAAGCAGCUAGGCGAGCUAUUUGGUUUAGGAUGAAGGAACUGAUUUGAUUUUAAUAGUAAUUAAAAUGCCCUUGGUGGUCGGUUUGUUCUGUUUGUAAUGCGACGAAGCGGGGAACCGUCGCAGUAUCAUGAUGAAACUCCUCGAAGAAGAGUUCGUCGUCCUCAUUCACAAGACUUGGAAGGACUUCACAUCAGUGACAUAAGAACUCAGGAGAUGGCAGAAAAUUCCCCAACAUCCCCAUUCAAGGCUGGACCGUUUGUCUUACCCCAAAGUCCAAGCUCAGUUCAAAAUCCAGUCAGUCCACAUAGACUGUACCAACACAAUCCAAGAAGUCAAUCAGGCGUCCCUCCUUCACCUCAUGGUGUAUAUCCACAUUCUGCUAUCUCACCAUCUCGUUAUCCACCAGGACCACCAGUAUAUAUGACAUCUGUACAUUCCCCAAGUUCUGGGAUUUCAACGCCUUCCUGUGCAACACCUACAAGUGCAAGCUCGAUCCCUGGAAGCCCGGACUUCUUUGGCCAUGUGAUGGGUGAAUCCCCAGCAAUGAGUCCUUCAAAGUCAGAUCCAGGUUAUCCUAUAAGAUCUCCAUCAUACUUUACACCAGAUCACAAGCCUGUUUUCUCUGAUUAUCAAAGAGAACAGUACAAUUACCCCCAGGGUCCAUCCCCUGGUGGCACAAUUCACCACCAUGGUUUUAAUCGACCAGUACCCAGUCCUACUGGGUAUCCAAAUCAACCCUCGCCUAACAGUUUACCUUCUCGUAGUAUAGGUGCUCCAAGCCCUUCAAGUGGCCUCCAUCCAACUCAGUCUCCAGUAUAUAGACCAAUGAUGAAUCCAGAGCAUUUACCUGGUAAUCCCAGUGGAAGGAAACACAAUCCAGUUCCAGUUGGGAAACCAACUGAUUCUCCAGAGACGGCAAGGCUAAGGCAGUUAGUCAUAGAAUAUUACAAUGGUGAGAUUGAAUCUGUGAACUUGAACUAUUAUGAGAAACUACAAGAACUCUUCUUUCUCCAAAGUGGAGGCAACAUUGUGGAUAUUCUCAUUUGGAAAAGAAAACCAAACCCUCAGCUGACAAGUUUCCUGAAUUCAAAUAAAUUGGAAGAAGGCCUUAUUGGACUGUCCUCUCCUGGUAGUAUUCCUGUGUUAGGAGCUCAAGGACCUGUUAAUGUAUUGCAAUCACAGGAAAAUGUAGAUCACCAAAGAACAUCAAAUGAGCAAUCGGGUGUUGAUCCUAGGAGUAAUUUACUGAAUACUAAUUCUGCAUAUCAACAAUUUUCUGAAGGMUUUACUCCCAAUGUGUCACCAUUUACUGGAACUCUUUUAGGAAUGAAAGGUAAUCAAUCUAUGCAGGCAUUAUCACGAUCUUUAUCAUUACCUAAUGCCUCUUUAAAUACGAAUACUUUAGGCGGUGGUCAUUCAAACACUGAUAGUGGGCAAAGAAAAAAUACUCUGAAUUCUAUAUCAAAAUCAAGUGCCACUUUCAGUCGUAGUGUCUCAGUUGCUGGACAUCAGUUGUCAAAUGGACCUUCCAUUGCUUCAGACUCUUCGGGAAGGGUAUCUUCUGUCAGAAAUCCUUCAGUCAUGUCGGUCUUAGAAAAUUCUUUCGGAAGUCAAGAAGAAAUAGCAGUAGAAGCUAAGCGAGAGGCAGAGGUAUAUAAAAGGAUAGGUGAACUAAGAAAGGAAGGACUUUGGACUGCUAAAAGAUUGCCAAAAGUACAGGAAAUGUCACGUAAAAAAGCACAUUGGGACUACCUGCUUGAAGAAAUGCAAUGGUUAGCUACAGAUUUUGCUCAGGAAAGAAGAUGGAAAAGAGGAGUGGCUAAAAAAUUGUCUAGAGCUGUUCUAAAGCACCAUCAAGAGCUGAAAAGCAAAGAAGUCAAGGCUGAAAAGGAGGAAACUGUGAGACUAAGAAGAAUUGCCAGCAGUAUUGCACGGGAAGUGAAACAGUUUUGGGCCAGCGUUGAAAAGGUGGUUCAAUACAAAGUGCAAAGUAGACUUGAAGAGAGGCGGAAAAAAGCUUUGGAUGUACAACUUAACUUUAUUGUCGACCAAACAGAAAAAUACUCCUCAUGGCUUGCAGASAGUUUAAAAAAUCAACCACAGAGUGCAGAACAGUCACGAGCUUCAACAGCAGUAACAUCACCAGCAUCUUCAUCCAAAGGUGAUCCUGAGGAAUAUGAUGGAAGCAGUGAAAGUGAUGUUGAAGAAACAAUAAUGGAAGAGGAAGAAUUGGAACUUAAGGAGCAAACAGAUGUAGAUAGACAAAAAGAGCUGGAUAUGUUGAAGCAGGACAGUGAAUUGACACUUGAGGAACUUCUUGGACAGCUGCCACCAGAAAUGCUAGAAGACAGAGGCAAAGAAAGAAAUCAUUCUGAAGGCAGUGGUGCUGAAGAUGAAAGUGAUUCUUCUGGCGAAGGAAGUAAUGAGAGCAAUGAAAGUGAUAUUGAAGUUGAUGUGGAAAGUAAAGACAAAGAGGAGAGUAAAAUCCCAGAGAGCCAAAUACCGACAAGCUCCAAAAUGCCUGAGGAAAAAAAUAAGAAAGAUGGUGACUUUGUCGUAACUGAAGAGAUGGAAGAGGAUGAUGAGCAAACUUUAGAUGAGCAAGAAAAUACUGAAGAAGAUUUUGACCACAAAAAAGAAAUUGAAGAGCUUGCCAAAGAAGGAGACAUGCCCAUAGAGGAACUCUUGAAGCAAUAUGCAACUGGAGAAGACACAACAGAUUUUCCCUCUGAUGAAGAGAGUUCAGAAGAGUCUUCAGAAGAAGAAGCUGAAGAAGAGAGUGGUAUGGAGUAUCUGGUAAAGAAAGAUGGUAGUUCUGAUGGUGCCGAGUCUGAUCCUGACCAAGAGCUAACCAGUGCUGCAGCUACUGCUGAAAGUCUGCAGCCCACAGGAUUUACCCUGGAAACUGCACAUGUGCAAACAAAAGUUCCAAUGCUGCUAAGAGGAACACUGAGAGAAUACCAAGUCAUUGGUUUGGACUGGCUGGUCACCAUGCAUGGUAAAUGUUUGAAUGGUAUCCUAGCUGAUGAAAUGGGGCUUGGCAAAACUAUCCAGACAAUAGCACUAUUAGCUCACCUAGCCUGUGAAAAAGGUUUGUGGGGUCCACAUCUAGUGGUAGUUCCUACAAGUGUGAUGCUGAAUUGGGAGAUGGAGUUCAAGAAAUGGCUUCCUGGCUUCAAGAUUCUCACUUAUUAUGGCAGUCAGAAAGAAAGAAAAGCGAAAAGACAGGGAUGGACAAAACCCAAUGCAUUCCAUGUUUGUAUUACAUCAUACAAGCUGGUAAUCCAAGAUCAUCAAGCUUUCAGACGGAAAAAAUGGAAAUACUUAAUCCUUGAUGAGGCUCAAAAUAUCAAAAAUUUCAAGUCUCAGAGAUGGCAAUACCUGUUGAAUUUCAAUAGCCAAAGGAGGUUACUAUUAACAGGAACCCCAUUACAGAAUAACUUGAUGGAACUCUGGUCUUUGAUGCACUUCUUGAUGCCUCAUCUUUUCCAAUCUCACAAGGAUUUCAAGGAAUGGUUCUCUAACCCUCUUACUGGUAUGAUAGAAGGAAGCAGAGAAUACAAUGAAAAUCUUGUCAAAAGACUGCACAAGGUUUUAAGACCAUUUUUAUUACGAAGACUCAAACUGGAGGUUGAAACUCAAAUGCCACACAAAUAUGAACAUGUGUAUAGAUGCCGUCUGUCUAAAAGGCAACGAUUUCUCUAUGAUGACUUCAUGUCUCGUACUAAAACCAAGGAAACUCUAGAGUCUGGGCACUUUCUUAGUGUCAUUAAUAUCCUCAUGCAGCUAAGAAAGGUCUGCAACCAUCCUGACUUGUUUGAACCACGCCCAAUAGUGUCUCCACUAAGACUUAGUGCCAUUGUAUAUUACACAUCUUCAUUGAUUAUGAACGCUCUUGAUUAUGACCCAUUCAAGCAUGUGGAUCUUGGAUUUAUUAACCUUUGCUUGGCUGACAUUGAGACUACAGUCACAAGUUAUGCUGCUUAUAGAACUCAGUCUUUGCAGACACCAAAACAACUUAUAGUGGAAAUAGACAAUAUUCCAGUGGCUGCUACACCUUUGGUACCAGCAGCAAAGCUGAAAAGAGUACCUGCUAUGAGCUAUCCAGUGUCCUCUGCAGUCAGUUAUGGUGGUACAAAUACUAUUCACCCURGGACUGCAACAUACUCCUUUAGCCAGGGUUUUCAGGAUCACAGAGCAUUUCCUCCCUAUGGAGCAAUGAUGUGGCACCAAGAUGGUACACCAUAUGGUCCUGGAUCUGCUGUUCAUCCAGCUGUAGCAAUGCAGCAAUCUAGAUUAACAUCUACACCACCUUCUCAUAGCUACUCAACUAGACACAGCUCAGGAGAAAUGGGUAGAACUCGAGGCCAGUACCCAAUGGGACUAGCCACACCCAUGCCUCCACCUCCUCCCUACCCAGGACAUCUUCCUGCUAUGGACUCUAACAAUCGGCCUAAUGUUCCUACUCCACCCCUGGAUCCCAUUGGCUUUGGUCCUGGUGUUUCUGUGCAACCAGUUGUGCCUGUUAAAUCUCCUGUUACGCGUUAUCCAACUCAAUCUAUUCCUCAUGGAAGAGUGCUUGAUGCAGGUCAUCCAGACCCAGUACCUGUUCAGAUCUCUCCAACUAAGAAACUAGCUGUAGAAAGGGUGGGAAAUGUGGAGCCUGCACAUAAGGAAAAUAGGUCAUCUCCAUUUUUUCUGAGCUUUCUGUCAGAAAGGCAAGCAAAACAGCGAAAGGAAAAGCUGGCUCGUCUGGCACUAGCAAAUAGCUACCAUUGUAGACAACAGCCUGUGUAUGGUCUUGACUUGGUCAAAGCUGUCACUAUUGUUAAACAACUUGGUCAAGACAGUUACUAUCAUUCAGAUGCCUUAGAAGAAAUGAUCAAGAAACCUGAACAAAGAAUCAGUGAAAUGAAUGAAAUUAUCAAAAGGUUUGUGUUCAAUGUACCGCCGGCAUCCUCACCUGGAAUUGUUAUACACUGUUCUCAUCCAUCACCACAUCAAUCCAACAAGCAAAGACACCUAGAAGAAACAUUAACAUCUCAGCUGAAGCCCAAGUUUGAUCUUUUACAUCCAUUUGUAAGAGGAGUGACAGUUCAGUUUCCUGAAGCUAGGCUUAUACAAUAUGACUGUGGUAAACUUCAAACUCUUGACAUCCUUCUUAGAGAAUUAAAACUUGGGAAACACAGGGUAUUGAUAUUCACCCAGAUGACCAAAAUGCUUGAUGUGUUGGAAAAAUUCCUUAACUAUCAUGGGCAUGUAUAUUUAAGACUUGAUGGUUCAACUAAAGUGGAACAAAGACAGUUACUGAUGGAUCGCUUCAAUGCAGACUCAAGAAUCUUUUGCUUUAUACUGUCAACUCGUAGUGGUGGACUUGGUGUCAAUCUUACUGGUGCAGAUACUGUAGUUUUCUAUGACAGUGACUGGAACCCCACCAUGGAUGCACAGGCUCAAGACAGAUGUCAUCGUAUUGGUCAGACCAGAGAUGUAAAUAUCUAUAGGCUCAUUAGUGAGAGAACAGUUGAAGAGAAUAUCCUAAAGAAGGCCAAUCAGAAGAGAUUACUGGGUGAUAUUGCUAUCGAAGGUGGUAACUUUACUACUGCAUUCUUGAAAGAGGCAAGCCUGAAAGAAUUGUUUGCAAUUGAUUCUGCUGGUGGAUUUGAGGCAGCUCUUACAGCAACAGCUAAAGCAAGGGAAAAUGCCAAAAAGGGAGCUAUUGAAGAAGAGGAGACAGAGGCAACACAAGAUACUGAAGAAAAGGAAGCUAGUCCAAAACCUGAAGCAACUGGUGAAAAGGUGUCGCAAAAUCUGCUGGAACAGGCCUUGUUAGGAGCUGAAGAUGAACAAGAUGCUUGUGCUGCUACCAAAGCCAUAGCAGAGGAGGCUGCAGAGUUAGCUGAGUUUGAUGAGGGCAUUCCUUAUUGUGAUGAGGCAAGCAAGGAAAGAGAUGAAGAAACAUCAAGAUUAGAAGAAGAGCUCACGGCACUUGAAAGUCAGCUCACUCCUGUUGAAAGAUAUGCUGUUAGAUUCUUUGAGAAUUCUGGUGCCUAUGUUACUCUAGAACAGAUAGAAGAACAGGAACAAGUUGAAACAGCAAAGAAAGAUUGGGAAAUGGACCAUAUACUUGCUCUAAAGGAGGAGGAGGAGAAACGUGCUGCAGAAGAUGAGGAUGAAAUUCUGUUCACAUAUGCACGGGAGGAUGCUGCACAGGUAUAUGUUAAUGAUCUGACUGGUGAGGAGAUGCAAAUAUGGACUCCUCCAACCCCACCAAGAGAGGAUAAAGAUGAAAUAUAUGUAGAUCCAGCAGUGGCUCAUUUGUAUGAGACAGUGCCCAUGACUGAAAGCCAUCUACCUCCUUUGCACUCUACAAAAAAAUACCACAGUGGAAAACGAACAGUUUACAGAAUCAUCAAGUACUUCAGAGAGCAUUUACAUGGUCCUGCCAAGGACCAAAUUCGCAGGCCUGCAUCUGUAUUUGAUAGAGUUGGAGUUGAUACAUUUGGCCGAAGAAGAAGAGAUUCAAUAACCAAGAAAACAAAGCUGAAGAUGAAGCAACCAACCAUGCCAAGCAUGAUGAAACAGUCUGAUUACACUCAGGGCUCUAGUGUUCCUGAAUGGCUGGUGCAUGAGGACUGGGCUUUACUACAGGCUGUGAGCUCAUUACAAGAACUUCCAGUGGAUCUAACAGCAGGUGUACCAAGUCAGGUACCUAACUGGGACAUUGUUAGUGAUGUCGUCAAUCUGAACAGUAGAAUGUAUAGAUCACCUCGGCAGUGUCGUGACCGCUAUGUCAACAUGGUGAUGCCAAGAGAAGAGGGAAAAGUUCCCAUGCCGACACUUGAGGAUUCUUUGAGGAAAUUGAAGACAAAAAUUAAACCCUAUAAUCAGCCAUCAACAUCUGGACAGUCUGUUCCAUAUCAUGUUCCUCCAAAGUCUAAAAGUGGAAGGACAUUUAGGACAUAUCAUCUAUUGAGUCAAGAUGCUGGCAGGUCACCAACAGUGCUUCAUUCAUCCUUGUUUGAGCUGGUCAAGAAAACUGCCACCAAGCGAAAACCUACAGUAAAGCAGCUGCUGACAGAUUCUCAUAACAAGAGUUACAAGCAGUCAUCUGUUCUCAUUGGAAGUGGCAUAUCAGAAGACAAAACUCUAAACCCCAUCCAGCUAGCCACACUGAAGACUGAGAGAAUCAACAGAGAGAAGGCUGCCCAGGCUGCAGCGCAGCAGCAGCAGCAACAGCAGCAACAACAGCAGCAACAGCAGCAACAACAGCAACAACAACAGCAGCAGCAACAGCAGACUGCGCAGCCAACUCAGCAGCCAGUACAAACUCCAGCUCAAGUUCAGGUUCCAGUUCAGAGUCAACAACAGCAACAGCAACAGCAAAAACCACAAUUUGUGCAGCAGGCAGCACAGUUAAGUGUGCCAACACAACAGCUGGUAACACAGAAACCAACUGCCCCAACUGCACAAGCUGCUUCUACUGCAGGAAACUCCUCACCACCAAAGACAGUAACAAAUCUACAAGGAACUACAGUUACCACUGGUCUAGUCACUAAACCUGGGAUAGUCUUGGGUAGUAAUUCAAGUACUUCUGGUGGGACUAGCAUUAUCAUUAACACCCCUACAGGAGGAACCAACAGUCUUAACCCAACAAGCUCACCAUUUGCUACCAUCAAUAAGCGCAUGCAGAGUCAAGUCACAUCACAAGGACAGGCUGGUCUGAGGAGAGUGUCACCUACAGUUGUGAUUGCCGGUAGAGGGGUAGCCACUUCAUCAUCUAUGAGUAUGUCACCUACAGUUGUAAGUGCUGGUAGAGUGGUGACCACUUCAUCUAUGAUAGGAGGGACUAUCAGUGGAGUUCCGGGAUCCAAGACUAUUGUCACUACCAGUCUUGCUGCUGGUUCUACUGCAGGUCUUGCUGCUCAGAUGACAGCACGUCAGACUGCAACAACAAAUGUGGCAUCGGCAAGUCAUAAACUUCCAGUAGCACAGCAACAGUUUGUUACACAAGCUAAGCAGUUUACUCCUCAGCAGUUAGCUCUUCUUCGCCAGAGGCCUAUGCUUGAACAACAACAAAUACAAAAGAGGAUACAACAGCAACAAUUGAAGAGAAUACAACUACAGCAGCAGCAGCAACAACAACAGGCAGGGCAGGCAGGGGUCAAGACAUCAACAGGUCUUGCAACAACCACUACAAGUGUUUCAGGGAAGACCAUUCCAGUAACACCAACUCCACAGCAACUUGCAUUGCUACAACAACAGCAACAGAAUCCUCAGGCCCAGCAAAARUUUACCAUACAACAACAGAGUACACAACAGCAGCAAUUUACGAUACAGCAGAUCCUGAAACAAAAUCAAUUACAAAAGCAGCUAACACCCCAGCAGGCAUUACAGCUACAACAGCGCAUUCAACAACAGCAACAACAGUUGCACAAAAUGAAGCAACAACAGCAACAACAACUGGCAAUGCAGCAGCAACAGAAACAACUUCAAGCACAGGCUGCCAGCACAGCUGCUGUCUCCCAAGCUGCUCAGAGAAUAGCUGCAACAGCUGCCUCUCAAGCUUCUACCUCACAAGCAUCUAACUUGAAACAAGGUGUUACUACUACCAUAGUCCAGGGUACCCAAUCUUCCCUGCCAGGGGGUGUACAGAUGGUAGUGCAACAGCGCAAGCAAAUGCCUGGAGUUUCACAGGUGCAAAAAAUACAAGUCCAUCCAAGCCCUGGUGUUUCCCAAGCUGGGACUACACAGCCACAGACCCAGGCUGCUACAGCAGUCCCUCCACAAGUUGUACAGCAAGUGCAACAACAACACCAGGUGCAGCAACAACAACAGCAGCAGCAGCAGCAACAGCAACAACAAGACAAUCAACAGCACCAAUCUCCUUAUGCCAUGAGGCUUAGAAAUCCCCCCAAACAUUAAGCAACAUCAUUCAACUUGUAUAUAAUGUAUUAUUACUUUACUAACUAAUAAUCUCAUAUUGAAUUGACAUUUUGUUCAAUGUUGUGUUCCCCUUCUGAAGCUCAAUGGAUAUGUUAACAAUGUGCACCCCAUGGAAUCAUGGGAUUGAAUGGGGCAGAAUGACAAUAUUGGUUCACAUGAACACACAAUUGAACCAGGACAAGAUUGCAUAAACACUUCAAACUUACCUACAUACAGAAUUCUUAUUCUUGCCAAAUCACUGUUGCAUUAUUGUCACUCUCUUGUCCUUCACUUUUCAAAACUCUGGUUCUCAGACUGAGUUCUUGUAGCCUUAGAUUCAGCUUCAUAUGAUGUGAAUUGUUCGAACAUACACUGAAAAUAUACCUACGUACCUAAUCAUAAAAUCUUUCAUUAUUUGUGGUGUCGUUGCCACUGUAGAUACAUGUAUUCUUGGUUUGCUAAUGAUUUCAUAUUGUUUUUUCCCCCAUUAUUUCCAAGAUUCUUGAAGUCAUUUUCACGAGCCAACCAUGUUUUUUGUUUCACAAGUGAUACUUGAAUGGUGUGAAAUCAAAAAAACUUGCGAAGAUCCAAAAAAGAUCUAUUACUCGGCUGGUAGGAAAGCCUUCUGGGCCCAGUGGAAUGCAAGGUGAAUAGUGCUUUCCAAUGGAUACAUUUUAUCUGGUGAAUAUAUUUAUUGUAUAACAGCAUCAACUUAUCCACUGGAUAAGGAUUUAUUAAUAGGAUAGCGCUAGCCACCCUUCGUACAACCAGGCCCAGAAAUUUAACAUGGCCUGCUUCUAACCAAUAAUAGCAAUCUUUUGUUAGAAUCGAGUUUGCUUUUUGUUAACAUUACCAUAAGAAUGUUAAGAACUGAAAAGUGUUCAAGAAUAUAUUUUUAAGCUGCUAAUCGCUGUUUUAGUGUGAAUCAUUGCCAAGACCUUCAUUCUUGUAAAAAAUGGUAUUUUGUGAUUAUAUUCUGUAAAUCCUAGAUAAUUCCAUGUGAGUUUGCCUGUAAGAUAGCUUUUUUUCAUUGUUUCCUCUGCAAAAGAUCACUUUCUACUAUUUUAAUGGGCGUGGUUUUGUAGGAUUUUCAUCAUAAAGAAUUGUAUAUAAUGUAAUUUUUUUGUCCAAUUUUUGGUUUUAGGUCUUUUAGCAAAUAAAUAAGAAAACCAAA